CUGGCUGACAGACAGCAUGAAGAAAGGGGCUCUGAAGUGAAACAACAAGGGCUGUUUAGAACUAUUUACCAGCUACCAGGAAAGAAGGGUUUCCAUAAGAGGUUGGAUAAAGCAAGCUGGCUCUGGAACCGUGUUACUAUUUUAGCUUGGACUGAAGCAAAACCAAAGGAAACUUAUAAUAACUGGACCUUGCACUCAGGAGGGGCUCAUUUAGCAUCUUAAAGGAAUAGUAUUACUGGACUGAACGGCUGCCCUGGUCAGAGCUCUCACAACUGGUAGGAAAAGUUGGGCUGUCUGGCAGUGACCCCCCCCUUGAAGGUUUUGCCAUAAAGGUGAAAUUUAAGAGUCAGUAUACUUCCUGGCCAGGAAACAAACUGUUGCCCAAGAAAGACAAGAAUAGGCGCAAACUGCUAUAGCGAUGGGUAUGGAUACAAGCUGCCAUUCUGCACCAGAAGUUGCAGGUGGAACAGAACUAGCAGGAGGUGCAGCUGCUAGCAAUAACUAGUCCUGUUCAUGAAUCUGGCCUUCUUAUGCAGCCCAAAUGCAUCAAGCAGGGUGACUAUGCAAGAAUGAUUUCCGUGGCGCUGGGCCUUUUCUUAACUAAGAUAAGACCAGUCGAUGACCCACAAGCCUUCCUAGAGAUUUGUGAAUGAAUGUCCACAGGUACUUACAGGUCCUUGAAUCUGUGGAGAACUGAUCUGCUGCAGCCCUGUCUCAAGCCAGCUUAUGUGUGGACUUGAAUAGGCAUAUGGCAGUUGGACUCACAGCAAGUGAGAGCUGUCAUCUUCCUCACACUCAACCUCUUCCAUAUUGGGGGACAGCCCUCCCAUUGGCUUUUCCAUAACAACAUUUGCCUUCUGUAUUGCAAUAUGGGAAGAGCAGGGUGAUUGCAACCCUUGAUGUGCCUAUUUAUGACACUUGCAUAUCCACAUUCCUCUGCAGGUUGAAAUGCUACGAUCUAGAAAUCUUAGAGACUUCAGUUCCAGGAGGAGGGAGACCAGGCUGGGAGAAGGCCCAAAGCCAGUUAUCAACUGUAUGAUCUGGACUAGAAAUGGUUAAAGCCUGAAUCAGUCUGCCCCUUAAGUGGCUAAACUGAUCUUUUGAAGCAAUUAAUGCAAAUGUUGCCUCUUGGCAUGAAAGAAUGAGUGUGCUAGCAUUAGGUUGAGACUCAGCAACAAGUGGAGAUGUCAAUGGAAAAGUGGUAGAUCACCUUUGCUGUAAUCUGGGUCUGCUCAGGUCUGAGGUAAAACUGAAGGGACAAAUUACAAAGAGAGAGAGAGAGAGAGAGAGAGCACGCUCCUCUACUUUGUCUCCUAAAGGAAAUAAAAUGUUCCAAUACCUUUCAGCUUAGACCAAGCAAGCCCCUUGUUAACAAUGAUGAGGCCUACGUGGGGUAGGAAGCAAUCUUACCCCCUUGGCAUCUCUGUAGGACAGGGCGAGGGACUGGAAAAUAAUUUGUAUUUCUACUGCAGGAAAGAGAACUGUGCUUCUUGGUCUCCAUGGCCUCUGAGGCUGAUCGUCAACCAAUAUGGGGUCUCAGCAUUUUGUCCAUGUUGUGACAUAAUUAAAUGACCUAAUCUACAGCCUAGAUUGGAAGUUCCAACUGUGAUUCUGGAGUCAGUGGGGAUGGCUGUGUCUGAUGACAAAUGCAUUAUAGGGAAGAACUAAAUGUUGCCCACAGGGCUUUCAGAGGGGAAGAUGAAACAUCCAUGUGAACUUUCCUGAUGAUUGAGAUCAGAUGAGAUGCUACCCUUGGCACCACUAGAGUUGGAAUUUGGGGACUAGUGGCAAGGCAUUCUGGUUUGGAACUCUCUCCCCUUCCUGGAAACUGCAUGGUUCUGCUGACUCAAGUUUUGCUUGAGGGUGGUUCUCAAACAGCAGUUGAGAUAUUUGCACAAAAAACUGGCUUGUGCCCCUAAAAGGCUGUGUUGGCACUCAGCAGGCUAAGCCAUGACGUCAGGAUCUGGGCAUGUGGACUCCAAGGCUGAACUCACCGCUUUGCUGGAGCAAUGGGAGAAAGAACAUGGCAGUGGGCAAGACAUGGUCCCUAUCCUCACCAGAAUGUCUGAGUUAAUUGAGAAGGAGACUGAAGAAUACCGCAAGGGGGAUCCGGACCCAUUUGAUGACAGACACCCUGGUCGAGCAGAUCCAGAGUGUAUGCUGGGCCAUCUGCUGAGAAUACUUUUUAAGAAUGACGACUUCAUGAAUGCGCUGGUGAAUGCUUAUGUGAUGACAAGCAGGGAACCUCCAUUAAAUACUGCUGCCUGCCGACUCCUUCUGGACAUCAUGCCAGGACUGGAAACUGCCGUUGUCUUUCAGGAAAAGGAAGGCAUAGUUGAAAAUCUAUUUAAGUGGGCCCGAGAGGCGGAUCAGCCAUUGAGGACUUAUGCAACUGGGUUGCUAGGAGGUGCUAUGGAAAACCAAGAUAUUGCUGCCAACUACAGAGAUGAGAACUCUCAACUGGUAGCUUUGGUUCUUCGACGGCUACGGGAGCUACAGGGUAAUGAAAUGACCAUGAAACAGGAAAACAAGCGUCCCAGUCCUCGGAAGCUGCCUUCGGAACCUCUGUUGCCUCUGGAUGAAGAGGCUGUGGAUAUGGACUAUGGGGAGAUGGCAGUAGAUGGGGAGCAGGAGGAAGUUGCUGGGGAUAUGGACAUCUCCUUUCAUCUUGAUUCAAGCCACAAGACCAGCAGUCGAGUGAACUCUGCCACAAAGCUUGAGGACGUGGGACUAAGGAAAAGCAAAUCAGGGAAACAGCAUGAAAGAGACAGCUUCCGGAAGGCCAAACAAAAACUGGGCUUCUCUUCUUCAGAGCCAGAGCGGAUGUUUGUUGAGUUAUCCAACAGCAGCUGGUCAGAAAUGUCCCCAUGGGUAAUUGGCACCAACUAUACCCUUUACCCUUUGACUCCUGCCAUAGAACAGAGACUAAUUUUGCAGUACCUGACCCCCUUAGGAGAAUACCAAGAGCUGCUCCCUAUCUUCAUGCAACUUGGAUCAAGAGAGUUGAUGAUGUUCUACAUUGACCUGAAACGGACCAAUGAUGUGCUGCUCACCUUUGAAGCUCUAAAGCAUUUGGCAUCGUUGCUGCUCCACAACAAGUUUGCUACGGAGUUUGUUGCUCAUGGAGGAGUGCAGAAGCUGCUAGAGAUUCCUCGUCCUUCCAUGGCAGCUACAGGGGUCUCCAUGUGCUUAUAUUAUCUAUCCUACAACCAGGAUGCCAUGGAGAGGGUGUGCAUGCAUCCCCAUAACGUGCUGUCGGAUGUUGUGAACUACACCCUGUGGUUGAUGGAAUGCUCCCACGCCUCGGGCUGCUGCCAUGCUACCAUGUUCUUCUCCAUUUGCUUCUCCUUCCGUGCUGUCCUGGAGCUCUUCGACAGGCAUGAUGGCCUCCGUCGCCUAGUGAACUUGAUCAGCACCUUGGAGAUCUUAAACCUGGAAGACCAGGGAGCCCUCCUGAGUGACGACGAGAUCUUUGCCAGUCGCCAAACUGGGAAGCACACCUGCAUGGCCCUGCGCAGGUACUUUGAAGCUCACCUUGCCAUCAAACUUGAACAGGUGAAGCAGUCGCUCCAGCGCACUGAAGGUGGCAUUCUGGUCCAUCCGCAACCACCAUAUAAGGCCUGUUCCUACACUCAUGAGCAGAUUGUGGAGAUGAUGGAGUUUCUAAUAGAGUAUGGUCCAGCACAGCUCUACUGGGAGCCAGCAGAAGUCUUUCUCAAAUUGUCUUGUGUGCAACUCAUGCUCCAGCUUAUCUCUAUAGCAUGCAACUGGAAGACAUACUAUGCCAGGAAUGACACAGUACGCUAUGCUUUGGAUGUUCUGGCUAUCCUUACUGUGGUUCCUAAAAUCCAGUUGCAGCUGGCAGAGCCUGUAGAUGUGUUGGAUGAAGCAGGAUCUACUGUCUCCACUGUGGGUAUCAGCAUCAUCCUGGGAGUUGCUGAGGGUGAAUUCUUCAUCCAUGAUGCAGAGAUCCAGAAGUCAGCCCUUCAGAUCAUCAUCAACUGUGUGUGUGGCCCAGAUAAUCGGAUCUCCAGUAUCGGCAAAUUCAUCUCGGGAACACCCCGACGAAAGCUCCCCCAGGCACCCAAAAGCAGUGAGCACACACUGGCCAAGAUGUGGAAUGUGGUACAGUCUAACAAUGGUAUCAAAGUGCUGCUGUCAUUGCUGUCUAUAAAGAUGCCAAUUACGGAUGCAGAUCAGAUCCGAGCGUUAGCCUGCAAGGCCUUGGUGGGGCUGUCCCGUAGCAGUACAGUCCGGCAGAUCAUCAGCAAGCUUCCCCUCUUCAGCAGCUGUCAGAUCCAGCAACUGAUGAAGGAGCCUGUGCUCCAGGACAAGCGCAGUGACCAUGUCAAGUUCUGCAAGUAUGCUGCUGAGCUGAUAGAGCGUGUCUCAGGGAAGCCAUUGCUGAUUGGCACAGAUGUCUCCUUGGCUCGGUUGCAGAAAGCGGAUGUGGUGGCCCAGUCAAGGAUCUCAUUUCCUGAAAAGGAGCUGCUGCUUUUGAUUCGGAACCAUCUCAUCUCUAAGGGGCUAGGAGAAACUGCCACUGUCCUCACUAAAGAGGCAGAUCUACCCAUGACUGCGGCAUCUCACUCCUCUGCCUUCACCCCAGUUGCAGCUGCUGCCUCCCCUGUGGCUCUGCCUCGCACACCUCGUAUAGCUAAUGGUAUCUCAGCCCGACUGAGUAGCCAUGCUUCUGUAGGUUCUGCUGCCACCUCUGUCCAUGCUCAGCCAAGGCCUUCUGUAUCCCAGGGUCCACUUGCCCUUCCAGGUCCUUCUUAUGCCAGCAACUCCCCCUUGAUUGGCAGGAUUAGCUUCAUCAGAGAGAGGCCACCACCCUGCAAUGGCAGGAAAAUCAGAGUGCUGAGACAAAAAUCGGACCACGGCGCCUACAGCCAGAGCCCAGCCAUCAAAAAGCAGCUGGACAGACACCUCCCUUCCCCACCCACGCUGGACAGUAUAAUUACAGAGUACCUUAGGGAGCAGCAUGCCCGCUGCAAGAACCCUGUUGCCACCUGCCCCCCUUUCUCUCUCUUUACUCCCCACCAGUGCCCUGAGCCAAAACAGAGGCGCCAGGCGCCAACUAACUUUACCUCGCGGCUGACCCGUAGGGCGGCCUUUCCGAAGUAUGGAGGGGUGGACGGUGGAUGCUUUGAUAGACACCUUAUAUUCAGCAGGUUUCGUCCAAUUUCUGUGUUCCGGGAAGCAAAUGAGGAUGAAAGUGGCUUUACCUGCUGUGCAUUCUCUGCACGGGAGCGAUUCCUAAUGCUGGGCACUUGCACUGGGCAGCUGAAGCUCUACAAUGUUUUCAGUGGGCAGGAGGAGGCCAGUUACAACUGCCAUAACUCUGCCAUCACACACCUUGAGCCAUCCAGGGAUGGAUCUUUACUGCUAACAUCUGCUACGUGGAGCCAACCGUUGUCUGCGCUGUGGGGGAUGAAAUCUGUCUUUGACAUGAAGCAUUCCUUCCCAGAUGAUCACUAUGUGGAGUUCAGCAAGCACUCUCAGGAUAGGGUCAUUGGCACAAAAGGGGACAUUGCCCAUAUCUAUGAUAUUCAGACUGGCAACAAGCUAUUGACUCUGUUUAACCCAGAUCUUGCCAACAACUACAAGAAGAACUGUGCCACCUUUAACCCCACAGAUGACCUUGUCCUAAAUGAUGGGGUGCUCUGGGAUGUCCGCUCUGCACAGGCCAUCCACAAGUUUGACAAAUUCAACAUGACCAUCAGUGGAGUUUUUCAUCCUAAUGGGCUAGAGGUCAUAGUCAAUACAGAGAUUUGGGAUCUUCGAACGUUCCAUUUGCUGCACACGGUACCAGCAUUGGAUCAGUGCCGUGUAGUCUUCAACUACACUGGCACAGUUAUGUAUGGAGCUAUGUUGCAGGCGGAUGAUGAAGAUGACCUACUGGAGGAGAGGAUGAGAAGCCCCUUUGGGUCAUCCUUCAGGACAUUCAAUGCAACGGACUAUAAACCUAUAGCCACCAUUGAUGUAAAACGGAAUAUCUUUGAUUUGUGCACGGACAGCAAGGAUUGCUAUUUGGCUGUUAUUGAGAAUCAAGGGAGCAUGGAUGCCAUGAACAUGGAUACAGUUUGCAGGCUCUAUGAGGUAGGCAGGCAGCGUUUGGCAGAAGAUGAAGAGGAUGAAGAGGAAGAUCAGAAGCCUAUGGAGGAGGAAGAACAAGAGGAAGAGGAUGAUGAUGAAGAUGAUGAUGAUACAGAUGACCUUGAUGAACUAGACACUGACCAGCUGCUGGAGGCCGAGCUGGAGGAGGAUGAGAACAAUGAGAAUGCUGGUGAGGAUGGAGACAAUGAUUUCGCUCCCUCUGAUGAUGAGGAGCUUGCCAACUUGCUGGAAGAGGGGGAUGAAGGUGAAGAUGAGGAUUCUGAUGCAGAUGAGGAAGUUGAGCUGAUCCUUGGCGAUACUGACAGCUCAGAUAACUCUGACUUGGAAGACGACAUAAUCUUGUCUCUGAAUGAGUGAGGAGUGACCACCACGCAGGGUGUUGGCAUCAAGAGAAGUUCCCUUCCCAGAAGACAAGAGACCAACUCGGAAGCAAUUUCUGAGCACCCCUUGGGACAUCCAAGGAACUCCAGCCCAUCAGUUGUGUUGGUUUGGGUCAGAUCGAGGCGCUUGAAUAAACAGAGCGGGGUUAGGCCUCUUUCUCUCUGCCUUUUUUUUUUUUUUAAUUUUUAAUUUUAGGCUGAGAUGAGACUCUCCUCUCCACGGAAACGUCUGAAGUUAUUUCAGAAUAUAUUUUCUUUGUACAAAGUUCUUUCCUAAAGAACAAAAAUAGUUUUAUAUAAAACCAAAAAAAGGAAAAGAAAAAAAAAAAGGAAAAGGAAAAAAAAAAAGGCAGGUGUUAUAGUAAAAAGGGUCUGAACUUUGUAUCAAUCUAGUAUCUUGUUACCACGGGUCAGGUUAUGGGGGAGAAAAAUUGUUUAAAAUUAACAAAAGGGGCAUUUUUACCGAGUACUAAAUGAAAUAAGAGGAUCAUGGUUUCUAAAAUUGCCAAGAAUUGAGAAUUUUUUUUUAAACAGGUGUUGCCAUUUGCUGCUAGCUUGUGUAUGUGUCACCUGCCUUUAGGGAAAAGCCCCAGGGGGUAACUGAACCUCCAGCCUGUUUUAAGCAGAGGUUCUUGCUGUGACAGCAGCCAGAGGGGGAGGCUGACACCCUGGUAUUCAUGGAGACAAGGGGCUCUAGGAUUGCAGUUUGGGCCCUUUUUUCCCCUUGUGAUUCAAGUUUUUUUAAUCUUUUUUUCUCCCUUUCACACCCUCUGUGGAAACUGCAAAUUGAAGGCCUUUCUUUAAUGUAAAGUGUAUUUAUUAAAAAAAAUAAAAUACAAGUCCUGUCUCUA